AUGAGCAGAACCCCUGUCACCCCGUCGAUACCUUCAUUUUCCCCCUCUUCUUAUAAGAGGAGGUCUUUACAAUCACCUUUUCUCACUGAAUCAGCGGAUACAGACAGUGAUGGACAACUAAGUGAAAACAAUAAGAAGAGCAACAACAAUAAUAACAACGGUGAUACCUAUGAGGAUAACCUGGAAGGCGAGUUGAGGAACGAUGUAGAUUCUAAUUUCAAAAUGCCACUGGGGCCUUCCCUCCACGUUAAUAAACGACAACACAAAAGAAACACUAGUACAGCAAGUAUGAACUAUACUCCACAGGUCAUUGAUAAGCCUCCCACUCCAGGGAAUGGGCCUUUCAAUUUUAGUCCGAUGAUGCUAAACAACAAUUCUAACGAAGCAUUGAGUGUUCCUACAGAUAGGAAGACUUCGUAUCGUCGUGGUCAUAGGUACAAGCAUUCCUCCGUUUCUAUGAACAUGUUCCAGGAUCCACAGAGGAUAGCAUCAAUGCAGAAACCACAUAAUCUGCCCAAAACUUAUACUGUCCCCGCAUUCCAAGAAGUUAAGGGUACAAUUACUAGACAACAGAAGGUAAAACUAGUUGUAUGCAUUUUCCAAUCAUGCGUAGUGAUGUGUGCCUACAUUGGGGGGAUGCAAUAUGGUAAUGGACUAGACACCCUAGCUCACAUCCUCUUCUAUGAUGUCAUAAGUAAUUUUAGUGAAGUUGCCAUUAAAAUUAUGUCCAACUUUGAAGUUUGGAGAGUAUCUAGUCUGAGAUAUCCAUUUGGAUUGGCAAGAAUUGAGGUGUUGUUUGAUUUCGCAUUGGCAGUUUCUUUGUUGUUUGUGGGUCUUGACUUAUUUAGUCAUGUCGUUGAGGAGAUGUUGAUUGAUUUGGUCGGCACCAAUGGUGAAGCACAUCCACAUUCACAUGGAGUCACAAAGGAAAAUCCACAUAGUCAUCCAGAAGGGAUGAAUGGAUGGCUAUACGUGGGGAUUCUUGGUUUAGCUAUAAUAACAACAAUUUUGACGUCGUAUGUUGUACAUGGUGAUACAAGCACAUCAAAACGGCCAAAUGAUGAAGUUGAGACUGAAGAUAACGCAGUCCCAGCUGUGAAGAGAAUCAGUUCUAUCACUUUGAAAGAACCAAUACGAGUUAGCACAUUUAAAAGAGUCACAUUGUAUUUAAAAAAACACGGGUAUAUGCUUACAGGUGUCCACUUGAAAACCACUUCAAUCCUAUCUCUAGGUUAUGCACUAUUAGUGAUAAUAACUUCGGGUAUAAGUUCAACGUUUGUUAUCAUAGCUACUGCGAUUGUUGUUACUGUCGUUGCAUGGAGACAACUAAGCAAGAAAGGAAAGGUAUUGCUGCUUGGAGGGGUUGAUAUCGCAAAGGUGGUUGAUGCUAUUGAGGGUAUGGAAUGCUUCAAAAGCGGUUACAGAGUCAGCGAUGUAAAAAUAGCUAGGGUUCAUGGAGAAUGUGAUGUUUGUUUACUACGAGUAGAAAUGAAGGGAGCCAGCAGUGAUGAUGAAGCCAAAUUGAGAUUCUAUGCUGCGAGAACAAUCAAGGAAUCUAUGGGAGAUGUGGAGGUUACGGUUGAUAUUACCAGGUUAUAG